UCUCUCUCUCUCUCUCUCUCUCUUUCUCUUUCUCGUAGCUGAGCUCCUCUCUCUCUCCUCUCUUUCUCUCUCUUCUUUCUCUCUCUACCGACUCCUUUUCCUUUCCCUAAUUCGGAAAUCGAUCGCAGAGAGGAGAGGGAGAGAGAGAGAGUGUGGAUCUCCUCGCCUCGCCUCGCCUCGCCUCGCCUCGCCAUGUCCCUUGACCAGGUCGAGAAACAGGCUUCUGAUAAUAAACUGAGCAUUGAUGUGUCUCGCCCACGUGUGACAGAAAAUGGAUUUCUUGCUCCUUUUACAUCAUUCGAAUCAGAAAAGGCGAUUCAUGAAUACAUCUCUCAGACACCUGUCAGGUCUACAGAUGAUCACCUAGUUGAGUUCUCAGAGGCUAUGAGAACUGUUGCGAAGGCGUUACGACGGGUUGCAGAAGGAAAAGCUGCUGCUCAAGCAGAAGCAGCAGAAUGGAAGCGAAAAUAUGAAUUGGAGAGGGCACGCAAUCAGCGGUACAAAAGUGAAGAAGUAGCAUCUGAAGGUUGUUCUUGUUGUUCGGCGAGCUCGUCCCGUCAAUUAGUGGUGCAUACUGAAACGGAGCAAGCCAAGUGUUGUGGAAAUCAUGGCAUUUGUUCACAUGAGGUUCUUGCGGAUGAAGUUGCAAAUCCCAAUUCUGACCCAGCUUGCAAGAUGGUGGCAAGAAAGGCGUCAUUUAAACUUUCGUGGGGAUGCAAUGGAAACAAAAGUGGGCAGCACAAACAUGAAGUUGUAUCCUUUGAGAAAGGAGACAUUACAACAGCAGAACGCAGCAGUAAGCAGAUCUUACUAAAGUGGGAAUCUCCGCCAAAAACUGUGUUUAUUGUGGCUAAACCAAACUCUACUUCUGUUCAUGCUCUUUGUGUUGAAAUGAUCAGAUGGCUAAAAGAGCAUAAGAAGAUAGAUGUUUUAGUAGAGCCCCGAGUGAGGGAGGAACUUCUGAAAGAGUCUUUCUACUUUGACUUUGUCCAGACAUGGCAAGAUGAUGAGGAAAUAAAGCACUUGCACACAAAGGUGGAUCUCGUUAUAACUCUUGGUGGAGAUGGAACAGUUCUUUGGGCAGCAUCGUUGUUUAAAGGACCGGUGCCUCCUGUUGUUCCAUUCUCCCUAGGAUCGCUGGGCUUCCUCACUCCUUUCCAAAGUGAGCACUAUCGAGAAAGCUUGGAAGCUAUAUUGAAGGGGCCAUUUAGCAUCACAUUGCGCCAUCGACUACAGUGCCAUGUUGUCCGAGAUUCAGCGAAGGAUGAAUUGGAGUUUGAGGAGCCAAUUCUAGUACUGAAUGAAGUUACCAUCGAUCGUGGGAUAUCAUCUUAUCUCACUUAUCUUGAGUGUUACUGUGACAGCUCCUUUGUUACAUGCGUACAAGGGGAUGGUUUAAUAAUUUCAACAACAUCUGGUAGCACAGCAUACUCACUAGCAGCUGGAGGAUCGAUGGUUCAUCCACAGGUCCCUGCAAUACUGUUCACACCAAUUUGCCCACACUCACUCUCAUUCAGGCCUCUGAUACUUCCGGAGUACGUAGCCCUACGCGUACAAGUGCCAUUCAACAGCAGAGGGCAAGCAUGGGCCUCAUUCGACGGCAAGGACAGGAAGCAGCUGUCAGCAGGAGACGCCCUUAUCUGCAGCAUGGCCCCUUGGCCUGUGCCCACGGCCUGCCUGGUUGACUCGACCACCGACUUCCUACGCAGCAUCCACGAGGGCCUCCACUGGAACCUCAGGAAAACCCAAUCUUUUGAUGGUCCCCGUGAUUGACUUUAUGUCUGAUCAAUCGACUAUCUACUUCAUUGAGGUGGAUCUCAUGCAAUCAACCACCUGGCUUCGAAGUUUGAAGCAUUUUUAUCAUGAGGGUAAAAAUGUAUGGAGAUCCCUCAAAUAUAAGCCGUUCGGAAAUAGAACCCCAAGCUUUAUUUUUUCUCGACUAAUACCUGCUCAUCUUUUGCUAGUUUUGAUUAUAGUCAUUUCAGUUAAAGUCGAAUUAGGGUUUCUGUUAAAAUUUAAUGGCAAUUCUGUUAAGUUUAUUGGCCCUGCCUGCUUUUUAGCUAACUGAUCUGUGCAUUCAGUUACAGUUAAGUGCUGAUAAUUAACUUUGACAGAAACCCGAAUUCAACUCAAAACAGACAAAAUUUUAGGGGUGUCAAUCGAAAAUAAUAAAGCUUUGGGUUCUAUUUAAAUUGGUCUAUAGUUGAAGAUGUCUCUAUAUAUUUCAAUUAUCUGGAUUUAUUGAGCAGUAAGCAGGAAUUACUUGUAUUAUUAUUUUACAGCAAUUAUGUGUAGAAAAUGCUAGUGUAAAGUACACAUCGGUAUUUACACAAACCAAGGAAUUAGCCGAUUGCUAGCCGCGAACAUGUGGGAGAGUAUAGUGACAUUAUAUAAGUGUAAAGACAUCAAUGUGAAAUCUGUUGUUUCAGCUUUGCAAGAGAGAAAGUUAAUGUAAAGCCUCGAACAGUGAAAACAUCAAGAACAAUGUGUUCAAUAGUUGAAAGUAGACACUGAUGUUUCCCUUCUUGUCCAAGUUAUU